AUGAUCAAUCUGUGCAAAAGAAUCGGUGCGCUGGUCGCGUUUUUGAAUCGUAUCCAUGCAGUCUUCACACUCGUCGCAAAUACCCAGAACACAUCGCCUGUGUCGGCUUCGACAUUCUAUCUCGACGAGACGGAGACACAAUUCUCAGUCAAUGUCGCCAACAACUCGCAAGAUGUGUUCCUCUACUUCACCAGCCCGGCGUACUCAUGGGUCGGCGUGGGCUUUGGGCAAAAGAUGGAAGACAGUCUGAUGUUUGUCAUGUAUCCGAGCGAGAAUGGUGAUAAUGUUACCGUCUCGCCGCGCAUUGGCAGCAAGAAUGCUGAACCGACUUUCUCGCCGGAAAUCGACCUGGAUGUUCUGCCUGGCACGACUGUCAACGACUCGAUGCUUGUCUUGAAGGCUGUGUGCCAUAACUGCCGCGACUUUUUCGAUAUUCAAAGUACGGAACAGCCCAUGAUGUAUGCUUUCGGACACGCAACUCGACUGUAUUCGAACUCUCGCUCGGCGGAUUUGAAGCGACAUAUCCGCUAUGGCCACUUUGAGAUGGACAUGGUUGCCGCAACUGGAUCAGGCGGUGUGCCAGAGAAGAGCAAUAUCAUGAAGGGCGCAGAGUUAGAAGGAAAUAUGGUUCGAGACCACGACCGCGCAAACCUCGCCCACGCCAUCAUCGGGUGCAUAGCGCUGUUCGUCAUAUGGCCCUUGAACGUCCUGAUCGCAGGCUUUUUCAAGAACAUCCGCAUCCACAUCGGCGUCAGUGUAGUCAUCAUGGCAUUUCUGGUUGUCGCGUACGCCCUUGGUAUAUCAACCUCAUCACAGUUCAACCGAUCCAAGGAUUACAAAACCCCUCACCAAAUCUUCGCCUUCCUAGCUUUGGUACCCAUCCUUUUAAUCAGUCUUCUCCCCAUCCCCAACAUCGCCCGCCUCCACACAUACAUCCCUCGCCUGCACACCCCACUCGUCUCAACAACCUACAUCACCCUCGUUCUAACCGGCGGUCUCGGCCUGCAUCUCUCCUCGCAAGCGCGCCCCGUGAUCCUCGGGUUCACCGCCGUCGCACUCCUCGUCUUCGUCUUUAACACCAUCGUACAAUCCUGCAUCGGACGGCGCGGGUCGGCGCAUGCACGAGCGAACAAUAGAAGGAGACUGGGAGAAGACGACGACCAGGUGGAGAUGUUGAGGAGUAGGAGUAGCAGCAAUGCGAGCUUUAGGAAGGGGAGUGAUGGGUCGGUGGAAUUUGGCGCUCAUGGGCAAAGGCCGGUGAGGGGUGUGUAUGGCGGUGGAGCGAUGCCAGGGCCGCAGUAUUUGCUGAAUAUGCAUCCGGGGGUACCUGUGCACAAGUGGUGA